AUGCAUAACUGCUUAUCCUACCUAUUUUUCAUUCCAGUUCCAUUUCGUGAUCGGGAUGCGGAGUUAUCACAGUUUGCUCCUCAUUUAACAAAAUUUCUGCGUCAGCAGUUAAUCGACCACAACAUUUUGGUUAUGAAUCAGACCGAUGGAUAUCGCUUCAAUCGUGCUUCUCUCAUUAAUGUGGGAUGGUUCGAGUCCGAUCGGAUGGGAUGUGACUAUAUGGUUAUGCAUGAUGUAGAUCUUCUCCCUCUUAAUCCACAGAUCAACUAUCACUUUCCUGGCGAUGGCAUUGUGAGGCACAUCUCUUCUCCACCGUAUCAUCCA